CAGGCUUUGUCAUAGGGUAUAUAGCCUAUGCUUGCGCAGAGGCGCGAUACACUGCUGCAACGCAAAGACUAGUGAACUACCACUGACUUGCAAGUCAAACUUCGACACUCUUCAAUCAUGUCUGACAAGCCAAAUCUCGAGGAGGUUACCAGCUUCGACAAGACGAAGCUGAAGAAGACUGAGACGCAGGAGAAAAAUCCCCUGCCCUCAAAAGAAACCAUUGAACAGGAGAAGCAGGCGUCUUCGUGAAGAUUGUCCCUUGUCAUGCACUGUACACCCCCUCCUCCCGCAUUGCCUUCUUUUCAGUCACUUAUUUUAGCUGUAUAACUUUGUAACCGAAAUUAUAAGAAAACAAAAAAACAAAGCUGCACUUUGAGUGGAUGAAUUUCAUGAGCAGGCCCAGGCCCUGACCCUCAGCCCAACACCACCAUCUAGAAGGGUUAAUGAUGACCUGGCCUAUCGAUGCUGGAGAUGAGGAAGUGUUGCCACCGUGAGGGGGGGGGGGGGGGGGAGCUGUGUGGUGGACGGUCCCCAUGGUAUGAGCUGCCAGACAUCAACAGGCCGAAGAGAUGGUUAAGGGGAGGGGGUGUGGCCUCCGACCCAGGAAGCUCAACACGCUUGACAUCCAAUUUCCUUUUGUGGCUUCUGUCGACCUGUAACACACGCCAAACUAUGGUGUCCGGCUUUUUAAAUUUUCUGUUUCGGAAUGCACAACCUUUUUUUGUUUUUACGCUGGUAAAACAUUAUACCCAUUGAUUAACACAGUGUUUUUUUUUAUCGAAGCGAGGAUGUAAAAUGGAAUCCAUCUAGUUCUGGGAGAUACUUGUAUGGACUUAAUUGACGUUGAUAUUUUUGCAAAUGUAUGGUAUUUUGACCCAUUUUUUCAAUGUGAUUUGGGAUAGCUUAUCUGUGUUUGCACCCUGUCUCGUAAUUAGGAAAAGUAAAUACUGGAAAUAGCUUCCAUGCAUUUACUUUCGUCAGUAGAUCAAAUUAUUUGGAGUUUUGUUAAGUCCCAAAAGUCAAAUUAUUCUGCUGCAAACCAUUACCAAUUAUGGAAACCAGUCAAAUGUUGUAAUAAAAAAUAAUUUGUUAUUAUAAA